GUUAAGGAACUUAUUAUGUUUAAAAUUAAAUAUCUUCAAGGAAAAGAACUGUUAACAUGCCGGUCUGUGCUUUGGUAUCUCGUUUUUUGUGGUUUCGUCAUCAAUUAUAUGUUGAGAUUAAACUUGCAUUUGACAAUUGUGUCAAUGGUAAUACCUCCUGCAACAGAAAGUAACGAUGCGAAUAUUUCAAUUUUGGAGUAUAAAGAUCGAUUUGCAUGGAACGAAAACGAACAGAAUUUAGCUUUGGGAUCUUAUUUCUGGUUACAUUGGACAACGCAAAUUCCUGGUGGGUUUUUAGCAAGACGUUACGGUACGAAAAUUGUUUUUGGAAUGGGAAAUUUGUUGCCAGCGAUUAUUGGCUUCAUCAUCCCGAUUGCAACAUAUCAGCUUUAUGUUCUUGUGUUUCUACGACUUCUUCAAGGUUUUUUCGCAGGUGUUGUGUGGCCUUCUAUGCACAAUAUGACUGCCAAAUGGAUUCCUCCAAACGAGAGAAGCAGAUUUGUUAGUUCUUACUUGGGUGGUUCCGUAGGUGCUGCUAUCACUUAUCCACUUUGCGCAAUUAUUAUUAGCGGACUCAAUUGGGGUGCUACUUUUCACAUAACAUCAUUAAUCGGUGUUAUUUGGUAUUUCUUCUGGUACUUUUUCGCGUUUGACACACCUCAGCAACAUCCUCGAAUAUCCGACGAAGAGAAAAAAUAUAUUUUAGACAGCAUUGCCGAUUCGGUUGACGAGGAGGUGAAAAAAAUACCUUGGAAAUCUAUAUUAACAUCGAUUCCAGUUUGGGUUGUAAUAAUUUCUCAAACUGGUGGAGGAUGGGCUCUCUUCACCUUGUUAACUCACGUCCCAACUUACUUCAGCGUCAUUCAUGGAUGGAAUAUUACCAUGACUGGUAUUAUUUCUGGAGCACCACAUUUAUUGAGAAUGCUUUUCUCAUAUUAUUAUUCGGUCUUCAGUGAUUGGCUCAUAACUAACAAGAAAAUGAGCGUAACUAAUACUAGAAAAUUGGCUGUAUUUGUGUCUCUUGGAAUGCAAGGUAUUUUUGUCUGCCUGUUAAGUUUUUGCGGAUAUUAUCCAAUACUUGCAGCCAUUUUUAUGACAUCGGGAGUUGCUGUUAAUGGUGCACUUUCCGCUGGUACUUUAGCAACUCUCGUGGACUUAAGUCCAAAUUUUGCUAGUAUUAAUCUUGGUUUCUCUGGGAUGAUAAUAUUGAGCCUUGCAUUUGUUCCACCAGUUGUAACCGGUUUUUUGACAGUCGAUAAACAAACCGUAUUGCAAUGGCAAAAAGUUUUUCUUAUAAGUGGUGGUGCUUCUGUGCUUGGAACCAUUGUAUUUUUACUGUUUGGAACGGCAGAAGAGCAGCCAUGGAAUAAAUAUGGUAAGUCAACUAAUAAGAACGAUCAUGAAAUGCAGAAAUUGAUAGCAAUGCCGAUUAUAAAAUAUGAAGAUGAAAAUAUCUUGAAAGAUGAAAAAGUUAGAGAUAAAUAAUGAAAAAUAGAAAUAUACAUAAAC